AUGUCGGACACACCUGGUGUUUCAAAACGGCUCUAAAAUCCACAGAAAAGCUGAAAAACAAAGCAAGGUGCAAUUUUUUAAUGAAUUUUUUAUUCCAAAAAAUAGAGUAAUGACGUGGAUAAGAUCUUCGUUGGGACCAUUUUGUUUUCACCCUUUGUUCUUGUUUCCUCGUUCUUCUGUUUCUUAUAGUAAUCCCUCGUUUCUCUUUAUAUGCACACUCUUCCAUUCACCUUCAAUUCUUCAACCCAUUUUUCCACUUCUUCAUUACGCCAUCGUGAUUCAGAUUAUUCUCUUCCUUCAAUAGUGGGUCUCUCUCUCAGGUCCAUGAAUUAGAUUAGUUUCAAAGAAAACAGAUUGCAACAUGCAGGUUCGUUACCGUUGGUUUGAUUCCGAGGAUAAAAUACAGUUGUUGUCCAAUUCAAUAUCAAGUCCAUAUUACAAUCGAUAAGCCAGUCGCAGGGUGUUAUUAUCUUGUUGACCAUAAGGGAUUUGGUUUGAGUAGAUAAGUUGGUCACAAGUUUACAAGAUGCCAUAUUAUGUACAGAGGCUUUAUAGGCUGUGCAAGGCAUCCUUUUCGCCUGAAGGACCGGUGUCAGAAGCAGCCAUUGAAAAUGUUCGGGAGAAGUUAGAUAGAAUCAAGCCAUCGGAUGUAGGUCUCGAACAAGAGGCACAAGUGGUUCGAAAUUGGUCAGGUCCGGUGUUUGAACGAAAUGGGAGUCAUCAGAGUCAUCAUUCUUUACCACCUAUAAAAUACUUGCAUUUGCAUGAAUGUGACUCCUUCUCUAUAGGAAUUUUUUGCAUGCCGCCAUCGUCUAUCAUUCCUCUCCAUAAUCAUCCUGGCAUGACAGUGUUGAGCAAGCUCAUAUAUGGUACAUUAUAUGUUAGAUCCUAUGAUUGGAUUGAUGUACCCGGCUCCAGUACCGAUUCAUCUGAAGCUAGACCUGCAAAGCUUGUGAAAGAUACAGAGAUGACAGCACCAUGUCCAACAACAGUUCUUUAUCCCACAAAAGGAGGAAACAUCCAUUGUUUUGAAGCCAUAACACCUUGUGCAGUCUUUGACAUAUUAUCUCCACCUUACUCUUCUGAGGAUGGACGACACUGCACUUACUUUCGCCGAUCCCAAAGGAAAGAUCUUCCAGUUAAUCUCGAGUUGGACGGAGUUACGGUUUCUGAAGUGACUUGGCUUGAAGAGUUUCAACCUCCUGAGGACUUUGUAAUCAGGAGAGGAUUGUACAGGGGUCCAGUUAUGAGAACUUGAAAGUCUUUAUUGUUUUUUCUGUAUUUUAUUUUAUACCAUAAAUUAAAUUUCUUUCUUAUCUUUUGGUUACAACUUACAACAAAGGGAACAGUGUGAUAUAUGUGAAAUAAUUAUAUUAUAUUCUUUGUUUGUGUAAAUUAGGCAUUUGGGUUUGUACAUAAUAGUUAUGUACUAAUGUAAUGUGUUUACAGACCUCAGCUUAAUCUGUUAGAAUUUUUACCAAAUUUUUUAAAA